AUGUCCCCAGUGCCCCUUAUCCGUUAUCUCCAGCACGAGCCGCCAAGUCUCUUCAUGGAGGACGAUUUAAAGGCUACAAGUAUGACAAAGAGCGAAAAUUACAAAUGGCAGGAUAUCGGACCCAUUGGCCGUUGGGUUGACUUCAACCUAACUACCAUCAGACAGAGGUACGGUGCAACUCUCAGUUUUACCCAGAUUCCUGACGAACCGAUGCCAUCCACACCUCUUCGGGACAUCGUGAGCGAGGCCGAGCUUCGAGAUUAUUUCUCGCGCUUGAUUUACAAUCGAGUCGAACGGUCACUCCGUUAUGGUUUCAAUUAUCUCCAACGCAAUGACCAACUCGGAUCUGCGAACCUCACGCGCGUGGAUAUCGGCAGUGGGGCAUAUGCUCGCUUCGUCCGAGGUUGUGAGCUCGAUCUGUUCUAUGCCAGUCCCUCUCAACCCCGCAAUGAAAGAGACGCUCGGCUCCCUGUGGAACUCAAGACUUCUAAUAAAUGGAAUACGGACAUGAGAAGCAGCACGAACGACACGAGACAACACGACUUCCGACGAGUGCUAUCGCAGGUCAACUUCUACAUGAAAACGAACCAUACCAGAUACGCAUGCAUCAUCACAGACAGCGAAAUGGUGGCUAUUCGACGACUUGACCGAAACGGCAAUUUGGAGUUGUCAGACCCCAUCCCAUGGAGACACCAAAGUAACAGCCAAAAUCAGGUACGGCUGACGAUGUUGCUGGCAUUGUGGUACCUGGGAAUGCUGGCAGCAGAGGAGGGCAAUUGGAGACUUCCGUAG